UAAAUUAUAGGCUAAAACCCCGUAUGGUUCUCUUUCUCCUCUUUACUGCAAAUCCGAUUCUCUGAGCGAAAUGGCAAAGAGAACUAAGAAGGUCGGAGUCGUAGGAAAGUAUGGUACUCGUUACGGUGCCUCACUUCGAAAAAUGGUUAAGAAAAUGGAAAUCACCCAGCACUCGAAGUACACAUGUGUCUUCUGCGGAAAAGAAGCCCUGAAAAGGAAAUGUGUGGGAAUCUGGUAUUGUAGGGGAUGUGGAAAAACUGUUGCUGGAGGAGCUUGGGUUGUCAGCACCACAGCUGCUGUGACAGUGAGAAGUGCAGUGCGUCGUCUCAGGGAAAUGCAGGAGACAUAAAUUGUAUCACUUGUACAGUUCAACAAUAAACCAGCUCAACUCCAGUUUGCAA